ACAUCGACCAGCACACAACGAUUGUUGAAUUGUCAUACAGCGAACUAAAACCAUGCCCAUCGUCAAUGCCAAAACCGUCGAACCAGCCAAAUAUCGUUGGCAGCAGGUCAAAGAUGCGACCAGUACAGCCCCCUCCCUACAACGACGAGGGAACGGAACAGAAAAUUGGGUCGGCCUUCGCAAAGAAAACGCCAGAGGGCAAUAUGACUUUCACAUUCUGGUCAAGGCAAGAACACAUCGACCAUUUACUCUCGUCUCACUUGAACGGCAACUCGUGCAUGGUCUCUUGAGACAACGUUUCGAGCAUCCCGACAUUGCCUGCGAAGCAUUCUGGGACGAUGAGUUUGGACCCCUGAUUCGAUAUACCACCCCAUCCGACGACCUCGAAGCAGGCAUCUGGGCUCAAGGAAGCGUGCAAAUCCAUGCGACUCCUCAGAAUGGUUACGAACUUAGACGGGAAAUAGCUGCUGGAAGGGAAGCGCAGAAUAAAUCUUCAAAGUCCUUCACAGUUCAUGCUUUGGCGGAUGUAACGAAUCACGACACGGUCAUGAACGAAGGCUCUGAUGUGGAAUUCCUGGUUCACUUCAACCACAUCUACUGGGAUGGUAUCAGUGCUCGACUCUUCGUUGGCGAUCUACUUCGCAGUCUUGGACAAAAUCUGGAAGCUGCAAGGUACGAUUGGGGACAGGAAAUCAAGAAUCUAAGCGUGCCGCUUCUCGAUGCGCUGAAUAUCGAUAUCAAGACUUUGAGCAAAGACUACGACGACAGCCUGGAGGAGUUUGUGGCGAGUAUGUUCAGAUUCAAUUCAAGUCAUUCCAUUCAACUAGGUGUCGAACCCGGACUGCCAGAUACCGCUGUGCUACAACUGAAGCCUGGGACGUGUCAGAAGAUCAUCCAUGGAGUAAAGUCUCGCCUGGGCCCAGACUACACGAUCACCCAUCUAGCCCAGGCAGCUACACUUCUAGCUUUACUGAAAACCAAUCCACUUUCGCAAGAAGCCCUUCCGGAGAAAUCAGUCAUCAUGCCGCUCCCUGUCAAUGGUCGACGAUACCUUCGAGAAGAAUUCGCACACUGUCAAUAUGGCAGCUGUCAAGCUUGCGCGGUCGUGGAGUUUGAUAACCUCGAGCAAUUUGCUGUGGACUUUGAGGACAAGGUUGCUGUAAUUGAUGCGCUGGUCAGGGCUAUGGAAAUCACCAAGAAAUCUUACGAUUAUUGGUUGAGUAAACCAUUUCUCUUGCCACUUGGUCUUGCUAAAGAUAAUUUUCUCUCGGCACUUUUGGAGUCGUCUGGAAGUCAGCCCGAUGGUAAAACUGUGCCGAUCAUUGCAAGCGACGGUCUGAACGAUCAGUAUAUUCCAAAGACUGUAUCUUCUCAGGAUGAAUCCUUAGUCCUAUCCGUCGAGGACAUCAUUUGCCUGACAGAUUCUUAUACUCCUGGAUUUGGGUUGCGCAUGGAAGCUUGGAAUGGAGCGACGACUAUAUCACUGGGCUACUGCGAUGGAAGUUAUACGUCAAAAGAAGCGCAUACAUUCUUGCAGAACAUCAGGGGAUUCAUGAUGGUACUGGCCGGGUGA